GAGGUGAUGUCAGGCGGCAGUGGCCCCAGCCUCACGGUGGCCCCGCUCUGCCCCGCAGUGAACGGCACGGUGCGAGAGGAGCUCAUCGCCAGCAAGACCAGCGAGGAGAUCGCCCAGCUCGCCACCAAGCUGGCCAACCAGUCGGGCCUGGACAUCAUCCGCAUCCGCAAGCCCUUCCACACCGCCAACCCCAGUGUCCAGGGCCAUUGGCCCCCCUUCACCAACAAACCCACCGUCCUCACCGUGCGCGGCCCCCGCCUGCCACCUCAAUAAACCGUCACCCUGCCA